AGCAAAGGUCAGACGUACCACGGAUAACAUCAUAGAUCUUGAGGUGGGUACUGUUCAACCUGUAUAAUUUAUAUAUCACGUUUUCAUUAUCAAAACUAUGAAUGAUUUCAAACAACAAUUUCUUUGUCUUAGUUUCGUUAAUAGAAUUCUUAGUCAGGUACAAGACGCGGUGACACUCAGCUUUUUGUGAUCCAUUACCUUUAACCUUUCGGCUCACCAAAGUUCAGAACAUGUUUGGCAGAAAUUCUUCGACGUCACAAGUCUGCAGCCCGAGAUUUCAUAAGAGCAAUAACACAAACUAAAGGUCGAUAAAGGAAUUAUGAAAUUACUUUUUACACUAAUAGUUGAGAUAAUCGUUCUCAAAUAUUUUUGCCUCAGAACUGAGACGCUUUGAAUUAGAUAAUUUUCGUUACAAUGCUAAAUGAAAGCCAGAAAAGUUACAACAGAAAUAUAACUUGUAAGUACUUCUAAAUAUAGUAUUUUAUAAACACACAAGUUGUUUCAUGGUUCGGUGGCUGUUAAUAGUAAUUGACUCUGAAAUGACAGCAUGCAAAGGUCAUAACAGAAUUUCUUGAAAUAUCAGUUGUUUACAGAAAUGACAGUUUCGUGUUGGCAUUUUCUCACCUUUUGUUAACAUCAUAAAUUCCAUUAUGUAGUGGAACCCCGCUCCGAGAACAACCGUAUAUAAGGGAAAGAUAGAUUCCUUUGUCCUCACGAAAAGUUCACAUAUUUUCUCUAAAAUUAACCCGGCUAAUACGGAAAGCAGUUAAUAUACAGUCAACACCCCGAACUACACCGACGUUAUUUUGAAAGGGUGGGAAAUCUAAAUCUUGAAAACCUGUCAAAAAGUGCCUACAAACAGUGACCAAUAAUAAAUGUUUGGUCCUUUGACUCUUAAUUGCAACUCAGUUGUCAAUAAAUUUGCUGUUUGCAUGAAUUCAGUUUUCAUUUUUUGAUGAACAGAUGUAUCUUCCGAUAUAAAUCGAUGACAUCGGUCAAAAUCAAAAUAAAUCGAUAAACGAAACGAGUGUGUCAUCGAUUUCUACCGAUUGAUCGUUACAAUAAAUAUCAAUCAAAUCAGAUCGACCGAUUUUUAUCGAUCGAUUUCUCCGGGGUCAAUCCCGCUAUACGGACACUGUGCUAAUUGUAAACAUUGCACCCAUUGUGAAAAUGGCAGAUUUCUACUAAUACGAAGUCUCGUUACUACAAAAAGUCAGUUGGCUUUUGAACUUCAGAGUUCACAUGCUUUUGAAAAGUGCAGUAAUGCGUGACGAAGCUCUAAGUACGUCUGGGUGGGAGGCUAUCCAUUUACCUUUUUAGAAAAAGACUGGUUAAUAUAGAAAAAGGAAAAAUCUGCCAAAACACCUGAAACCGAGUGAAUUGAAAACAGCCGCAGCAAAAGAAAAAAAAAUUCAUCAAGUUCGAUCACAGUAGUAGGCUUGGAAAAGAAUUUUUCCCUGUACUUUCUUCCUGCUCUAGCCGCUUCCUGCAUGCUUUAAGGUGACGGUUACACUUCACGAUUAGCCUGUUCCAGGGGGGAGACUAGAGGGGGAAAGGGGGUGGGAACCUCGCUCUCAGCCCCCCUCGUUCUCUACUAUCUGAAAGCCUGGAACAGGCUACUGGACGAUAUGCAAGGACGAUUUUUAGCGGAACGCAGCGUUGCAAUAAUAAUGAUUUAGAAAGGUUUUGUAGUAUGUUUAAUAAUUGCCCCGUACGGAUUUCGCCCAGAUGGCGAAAUCCCGAGGAGGCACUCUAGACUAGUAGCUCGCACGUAUAUUAAGAAAAGUGCUUACAGUUGAAAUAUACAGUCAGUAUGCCAGAAAAAAAAAUCUUUAUUUGCUUGAACAGGAUCCGCAUCGAAUCGUUGGGUAUACGUAAUGAUGACGUUUCUAUUGUUCGCGCCCGCAAGUAAGAGGUGGUUAGGAUGACGUUAAACAGAAAAACCCGAAGGGAUCGCCUAGGUACAUAUUGCGACAUUAAUUGUACAGUCAUACUUCGAUACUCUUUUGCGUUACGUAUUAUCACGUUCACAUCCUGUGUAGCAGCUGUUUUGAAAGUUAUGGACCAAAAUACACCCGUUAAGCGCAGAUGAAGUAGUUAUAAGGUGCGUGAAGCUGUGUAUAAACAAACACUUGGAGAGUUUGCCAGAUACGAGUUCACUGACAAAUCUUUGAUUGGAAACAAUUUGCCAGACACUCUUUUAUGAGGGUAUAUCUAUGCCAAAAUUCAAUAACCUAAAAGCGAAAAGGGUUCAGUCAAAUCUGAAAUAUACCGAGUCAAAGUUGGUAAAAAAAGACCACGGUAAAAGGAAGAAAUUCUAAAAAAGCCACUAUCAUCUGGGUAUCACACAGAAAAAGGCAACACGCAAAGAGGCAUCACGCAAAGAGGCAUCACGCAAAGAGCCAACACGCAAAAAGGCAAAACGCAAAGAGGCGACAAGCAAAGAGGCAUCACGCAAAGAGCCAACAUGCAAAAAGGCAUCACGCAAAGAGCCAGUACGCAAAGAGGCAUAAACGCUAAAAGGCAACCCGCAAAAUUCAGGGCGGAAAAACGUAAUGAGCAUGCGUGAACUUUUUUUCCCAGAUCCCCUGGCCGGGUUUGAAAAAAUGGCGGGAUUUCAAAUAUUUUAUGGCCUAAAAAUAAAGUGUUUUCACUCAUAACCUGAAAAGAACAGGCAAUUUGUCUUCAAAAGUUGCAAGCUGUGGUUAUAACCUUGUCGUUACUUAAUUUUCUCGAAGAAUACCUCAUAUUAAAACGGACUUUAACGACAUUAAUUUCCUUGCGUUGUACUGGAAAUGUGCAUGCGUAGGUCCGAUUUUUUUCAAGAUGGAUUCACAAAAUGUGUUCAUAUAAGGAAGUUCCUGGAUAUAUAAGGUCCGGAGCUCCACUGUGGACACAAAAACAACAUAUCUUUCGACAGUGAUUUGCCCAAAAAAAUUAACGCUUGCCCACAAUGUGUUUGAAGUCACUGAACUUUGUCGCACUCGAGCUGAUAUUUUAAAACCCUCGCUCGAUCGGACACUCGUAGUUUCGCAGAUCACUAAAAUAUAAACAAAAUGCUCAAUGUAGAAGUUAUUGCGUUGAUAUGUGGGCAGAAAAAAGGUCAAUCUUUAUCUAGUAAAACCUUCCCAAAAAUCGGUUUAAAAGCAACUAUAGUUUUUUAAACUUGCUCGUUUCGCGCAGAUAUAUAAAUUUUGCUUUGUGGUGUCAAGUUGAAAACGCAUAACAUCUGUCAAAAACCUACGCGUAAGUAGGAUUUCCUUCGAAUAAAGUUAAAGUUACAUUACUUCAAAAACUUCUUACUGACAAAGAAGAAAUGAAUUUUCUAAGCGAAAACAACCUACCUAAAGAUCUCAAAAGCCAAAGAUCCCUUGCAACUUGGCAGCCAAGCCAUGAUUCAGCAUUUAGCUAUUUUCAAUAAGCUUAACAAGUCCAUGCGAGGGUCUUCGUUUAAGCAAAUUAAACUCAGCCGAUCAUUAGAAAAUACAGAAAAUUGCACAUAAGGGUUUGUUUUGCUCGCCUCAGUCAAAUCAAGCUGCAGCAAUUGUUUACGGGAAAAGAGUCAAUUGUUUUGAACUCACUGCCGGCAGUUGUCGUUCUCUACUUCACAGCCAGUGAAAAGGACAAUUUGCGUACAGAAAGUUAUUCUUAUAAAGAACAGAACCUUUCACAGUGCACUGGAAAACAAAACAAUGUGAUGAAAAAUGAAAAAAAACUCUGACCAUUAUUACUUGGGCAACAGAAAAAUGACCUUGGUAAGCUUGCUGGCCUUCUAUUUCCGAGAAAGUUUAAUAAGCACACAAGUUUGUUCACUCUGAUGCGUUAUAACAGCAAUGUGGUUCUUUGACUGAACACAAAGAUAAAGCUGGUUCUGCAAAGGUAAUAAAUCUGGGCAUGUAAAAAAAGUAACCAUAACUACUAAUAACAGAAUACAAGCGGGUUUUAAUUCAACCCGGCGAAAUCAACUCAUAAAUUAAUCGAAUGCACAAUCAGAAAAACACUCGCCUCUUAAGAAAUGUUCAAAACCUUUUAUUCCACCUCAGACUGACGGAAUGAUCCAUUUUUCCUUGAACAUUGGUUGUUCUGAAUCCAAAGUAAUUUUCAAGCGACGAAAAAAAAGGAAACAUGUCAAAUAAAAUUAAAUGCUUUACAGGGAGCAAACGUUCGCACCUCGUGCAUUUCACUCAGGACUCCAGCAACAAACAAACGCAGUCAACACACAGAAAAGCCCGCCUUGAGCCUGCGAUAAGGGAUGCGCAGAAGCUUGCGCAGAACGUUUUUCCGCCCUUAACCCGCAAAAAGGCAUAACAAAAAAGGCAAUUUGCAAAAAGGGCAUCACGUGAUAAGUCUACUUAGGAUUAUUUAGUACAUACUGCAAGAAAACGGAAAUAGUAUUCGAACGAGACAUUCCAUCUUGUUCACAUAUGGUGGAAUCAUCCUCAGAUUGACGGCAAUAUUCCACUGCUAUUAACGCUGCACGAAGAACUGCUAAAACCUGUCCGCCGUCUUGGUAAAGAUGUGCCUAUCUCAAAAAUAAAUCAAUUUCCAGCCGGAAAGAAAUGCAAUCGCUGUCAAUUUCGCUUUGGACUUGUUGUAAUAUAUCAAUAAGGGCACGCCUAAGUUACUGAAUAAGCACCUCACGAGGUGAGCAAGACGGAAUGUCUCGUUCGAAUACCAUUUCGGUUUGCUUGCAAUAUGUACUAAAUAAUACUGUUUAAGAUCCAGGCCUGGAUCCUAAGUAAACUUAUCACGUGAUACCCUUUUGCAAAUUGCCUUUUUUGCGAUUCCUUUUUGCGUGUUGCCUUUUUGCGUUAUGCCUCUUUGCGUGAUGCCUCUUUGCGUGUUGCCUUUUUCUGUGUGACACUCAGAUGAUAGUGGCUUUUUUAGAAUUUCUUAACUGGAUGUAAAAUGAACUGGAUGUACCUUUUCUUAUGGUUUAUAAUGAACUAUUAUCGAAACUGAGAAGUUUUGAUCAAAGCUGUGUAAAUCGAACUUAAUCAGUGCAUGGAACCUUGCGUUUCCUGUGUUUAUCUCACCUAUUGUAUGGAAUAUGUGAAAAUGUUCCUUAUGAAUCGGUAUAUUUCAAAGAGCUACACAACGACCAAGAAUACUAUAGAGAGGAGAAAUCGUUACUUCACGUUGCCAUGGUAGCAAAAUUUUUGGAUGACGACAAUAUUGACCGACAAUAUACAGAGCGAGGGUAGCUGUAGUGUCAACUAUUACUAGUAACAAUAACUGUAAAAGGAGGAAGACGGGACUAGGAAUGGCUUGGAUUAAUUGAUUAUAAGAAAAAAGCAUUUAAGAGAGUGUCUCUGUAAGAGCGGUCCCGUCGAUUUUGCUUGAGACACAGAUUUAGCUCAUUUCUUGUGUGUUGUAAGACAUUCAUGUACCUAUACUAAAACCACAAUCCGUUUGAUCGGAUCUCUUUAUCUUUCAGAGUUUUACGGAAAUUAAAUUUCACUCAAGCGAAAGCCUGUCGUGACACUUUUCAAGACGUUAAUUUGAGGCAACUUUGGCGGGCAAUUUACAACAAACUACGGAACUCAGCAAAAAACAAAUACCACAGCCAUGUAUGUUAACUCUAUCUUAUCCAUCGAGGCGACUUUCGUGAACAUCACGUUUCAAUCAAGCAAACAGGAAGACUUGAACGACACCUUAUCGGUUCGCUUAAGUCACACACGCGAAAACCGAUCAAAUUCAAGGUACAUUUUGGAAAAAGUGAGGCGUUCUUAACUGAUCCAACUAAUAUGGCUAGGAAGUAGGUGCCAUAGAAAAGAUAACUACGGAAAAAAACUUUGCGGCCCGACCUUUACUAAAACUUUAUAACUCCGUGAACUUACCUAAUUUUCGGCAAUCUCCAAGUUUUGCCGCCAUUGUGAGGGACUUGUCAACAUGAAGCGUAGCAGAUAUAAAUGGAGCAGGUAGAUCUAAAACCGUCAGAAAUACAUACAAAAGCAUUCAAAUGAACUUCACUUUCAAUUCAAGGGGCAAAAUUUGAAAUUGUUCGUUAAACCUACCAUUCCUACAUCCCCAUUCGACCAUUUCUUCCAACAAUUCACUGGCACUACAACUAGUGUUCGAAUUUCGGUGUGGGUGGCGGACUUAUCGCCAUAAGAUAUUCGAAUACAUGCUAAAAAAGCUUUAGGAGUCUCAGUGUAAACAGCGAAGGUAUGCUUCGUGGUACAGACAACUUUUAUUUUAUUCUCAAAACUUUUUCCUUUAAAUUGGAACUGGUAUUAAUUAAUAGAGUUAUUUAAAUAUUUUUAACCGAGGUACCCAUAUGACCUUUUGGCUUGUCCUCAGUGGUAUAAAAUAAGGUGUCUUUUCUUCCAGAACCUUUUAUUUAGGCGUUAUUGCACGGAAUGAACACUACACUUAGAAGGUUUGUUCUAAAUCAUUUUUGCUGUUCCCAAGAAUGUAUGCAAAAUCAUUGCUUUAUACAAAGCUGCCUCUAAAAUAUCAUUUAUGACUUGUGUGACUACGUCAAGGAGGAAAUAUUGAACUAUUUUACUGUUUCCAUGCUUAAGGAAAUCUGUACUUUCUUCGAGCUCCCAUUUAAAUGGGAGUCGUGCAGAGGCAUGUAUGGGGCGAAGGCAACCCAAAAAAUUAGGAGCAGGGGGAGGAGCUUAUUCAGCCAGCCUUUUGCAUGUAUUUGUAUAUACAAUGUAAUAAGCGUGGUACACCAAAAAAUCGGUUUACUUAUAGAACUCUUUGUCGUUGUCGUGUGAAAAAAAAAAGUACAGGAAAAUUGCAAAUGAAAAGAAUAGGGUUUAGUGAUAAAAGGUCACAUCGAAUCAAGGAAUGAGCUGAAACUAACAUAGUUCACUUGACAAUUGUAUGUCAGGCUUAUAAGUGGAAAACGCUAAAAACUGUACAUUGCUAGUUUUAUUUACACCUUUCGCCGGUAAAUGACACUGGUUACUGUUACGGAAAAUCAUAUUUUAGAGACAGCUUUGUAUAAAGCAAUGAUUUUGCAUACAGUGGAACCCCGCCAUACGACCACCCCGUUAAUACGACCACCCCGUUAUUACGACUACUUUUUUGUGGCCCGAACACAAGCCCACUCAUUUUCUUAUCUGAAAACCCCGUUAAUCCGACCACCCCGUUAUUACCACCAACGACCACCUUUGGGAGUCCUGAGUCGUUAUUUUCUUUAUAAAAUUACCCCGUUAACACGACCAGUCAAAAUGCUUGGUGGGGCUGCUGAAUGAAAACAGACACAAUCUGACAACAAUAACGCAUUACUAAUAUUUUAUUGGAUGUUUUUUUGUGUUAGUAGUUAGCAUGACAUCCGCUAAAUUGCAGUGUUCAGUAAAAAGAAUGCAUGAAUAAAUAAUACAAAAGAUCUGAAAGACUUCACUUUGCAGAAUCUCGAGGCUCUCAAAGUUAUUUUGCCUUCUUGUUUCUGCUGCCUUCCACUGUGGCUUUUCUCUUCGAGUCCAUUUCCUGUUCUUCUCUCACAGAUCGGUUAUUUGGAAUGUCUAAUAAUUUGUUAAGCAUAUCAACCUUUCUUGGCUGUCCAGUAAACUUGUAAAUGCAUGGAAUUUCCAUCCCACAUACUCUCCAACAUUUCGCAAGCCUUUUCCUUUCAAAACAAGAAGAUUAAACUGAAAGAAGUCAGUGUUUUUUCCAUGGCCCGAAGGUGGUCGUAGUAACGGGGUUCCACUGUACAUUCUUGGGAACAGCAAAAAUGAUUUAGAACAAACCAUCUAAGUAUAGUGUUUCUUCCGUGCAAAUAACGCAUAAAUAAAAGGUUCUGGAAGAAAAGACACCUUAUUUUAUACCACUGAGGACAAGCAAAAAGGUCAUAUGGGUACCUCGGUUAAAAAUAUUUAAAUAACUCUAUUAAUUAAUACCAGUUCCAAUUUAAAAGAAAAAGUUAUGAGAAUAAAAUAAAAGUUGUCUGUACCACGAAGCAUACCUUCACUGUUUACACUGAGACUCCUAAAGCUUUUUUAGCAUGUAUUCGAAUAUCUUAUGGCGAUAAGUCCGCCACCCACACCACCCCGCGCCGUACUGUUUUCACUCAGCGGUUGGUCAGCGGUCACGUUUAUGAGGUAAACAUGGCGAUCACUUCCUGAUCACCGUUCUUGUCGAUCAGAAAAUCAAAAUACCAGCGUGAUAUGGCCUCGAAGAUGACGCAGUUAUGUUGUUUGAUUCGUACUUCACAUGCGAGUCGAAGCUUGGCUGGCACAGGUUAUUUCUUACGGUGGAAUCGUCGAGGGAAAUUCGAACACUAGUUGUAGUGCCAGUGAAUUGUUGGAAGAAAUGGUCGAAUGGGGAUGUAGGAAUGGUAGGUUUAACGAACAAUUUCAAAUUUUGCCCCUUGAAUUGAAAGUGAAGUUCAUUUGAAUGCUUUUGUAUGUAUUUCUGACGGUUUUAGAUCUACCUGCUCCAUUUAUAUCUGCUACGCUUCAUGUUGACAAGUCCUUCAAAAUGGCGGCAAAACUUGGAGAUUGCCGAAAAUUAGGUAAGUUCACGGAGUUAUAAAGUUUUAGUAAAGGUCGGGCCGCAAAGUUUUUUUCUGUAGUUACCUUUUCUAUGGCACCUACUUCCUAGCUAUAUUAGUUGGAUCAGUUACGAACGCCUCACUUUUUCCAAAAUGUACCUUGAAUUUGAUCGGUUUUCGCGUGUGUGACUUAAGCGAACCAAUAAGGUGUCGUUCAAGUCUUCCUGUUUGCUUGAUUGAAACGUGAUGUUCACGAAAGUCGCCUCGAUGGAUAAGAUAAAGUUGAUAUACAUGUCUGUGGUAUAUUACUUUCGCUGAGUCCCGUACUUUUUUGUAAAUUGUCCCCCAAAGUUGUCUCAAAUUUAAGUCUCGAAAAGUGUCACGACAGGCCUUCGCACGAGUGAAAUUUAAUUUCCGUAAAACUCUGAAAAAUAAAGAGAUCCGAUCAAACGGAUUGUGGUUUUAGUAUAGGUACAUGAAAGUCUUACAACACACAAGAAAUGAGCUAAAUCUGCGUCUCAAGCAAAAUUGACCGGACCGCUCUUACAGAGACACUCUCUUAAUUGGUAUCCCACCCAUAGAUACUUGAAUGUAUGAGGAUGAUUGGCAUAGUUCAGAAUAUGGUGGUUUUCAUCCAAAACACCAGUGGAAGAGAGUAUUAACUACUACUUUUGUGGAAAAGUCGAGCUCUCUGCGGCGAUAAUAGCCUCCCACGCAAACGUUCUUAGGGGUUCGUCACGCGUUCCUACCCCACGAACGUGGUUCGUGGGGGAGGAAUGAUUGCGUGACGAAGCCCUAAGAACGUCUGCGUGGGAGGCUACGGCGAUAAAAUAGUCGCCUUUCUCAAGUUAACACCAGUUUUCAGGUAUGUAGUCUUUUUUGGUACUCUACAAAAAAUGUUUUUAAAAACUAGCGUAAAUUUGCCUGCGAUUUGUUAAGAUUCCUGUCGGGUGCCCAACUUUAAAGUUCGCCGGAAUGCUCGGACGUUGAAAAUCUAGCUAUGGAACAAACUACGCGCUGACUCCCUUUGUUUACCCUGGAAGCUCCUCGUCACACACGAGAAAAAAACCUCUGGUACCUAGGGUACCCUUUGUUAAGAGCUGUCGGAGAGUUGCGCAAUCCUUACUUUGAAACUGUUUGUCGCUGCGUUUGUGUUGCAAAGCAUUGCAAAUUUUUGUUAUUUAUUGAAUUAAAAAUCCAGUUAACAUGUCCUGGUAUUCCGUAGUUUUGAAACUGCAUUUCUCAAACUCAUUAAUAAUUCAUAAAGAAAAUUCAAAGGAAAUUAAUGUUUAAUGAGUGUUUGGAUAUCAGAUGAAAAACUGCUCAUUUUUGCAUCCUUAAUUUCUCCUUCAAAAGUGAUUUUGUUUGAGAAGAAAUAUCAAACAUUCGACACAGUGUUUCAUCACCAGAUGAAACACCUCGAAGUUCGUCAAAAAUACUCCGCUGCGCGUCGUAUUUUCAACUGUCUUCUCGGUGUUUCAUCUGGUGAUGAAACACUGCGUCUCAUGUUUGAUAUAUUACUUAUAACACUAUAUAGAACUGUUGAGAUUCCUCAUCCAGGCAGGAAUGAAUGAACUGCAAAGUCAAUAUCUUGUUACACUUUGUCCCUUUCCUGCUUGGUUGUGUUCGUGAAAAAAAAAUCUGUUGCGGAGCAGGGUAGUACCGUGUCAUGUUCUUAUUAUUCUCUUCCUAGCGGGUAGAUUACACUGUGGAGGAUUCCAAACUUUUGAAACAGAGCAAAUCUUAGCAUUGCUCAGAUUGCUGUUUGUCUGACGUUUAGAGAUCAUUUCCUGUUCUAUUUUUUUUUUCUGACAGGAAUUGACCUCUGAUGAAUUCCUGCUAUGCUUUGUUACACGUUGUUUUCAGGAUGUUAAAUUUUCACGACAGUGUGAUUAGUAUAUGUAGUCAAAUGGUGACGAGCCGUAAAAUCAGAGAAUAUCCCAUUUCACGCGCGUUUUGUUGGUUUUCGGUUGAUUAAUCGCAAAAUUAAAUUCGUCCAAAUUUGGUCAACAGUAGCUGGUUAUGGUGAAUUUUGCGUGUGCUUGUAGCCAAUCAGAAACGGAGAAAUAUUUGAAUGAAUAAUAAUGUUAUUUCGAGUAUAAAUAUUGAUUUAUUUUUUAAAGAUAAAGUGUAGUGUAGCUCUUUUUACGUAAAGUUGUAACGCUAGUAUCAGAUUGUCAAGUUUAUGUAAUGUUGUAAAGUCAUUAAUAAAAUCAUUUUUGCUGAAAAAAAUCUUCAUUUUCAUUUACAAAAUGUUCAUUUCAAAAUACCCAUGCAGAUAAUAGUUUCACACAACACUGAACUACCUUCUUAGGGUUAACGUGUGUAGUGCGUAAGUCAUAACUAUCACUAAUAAAAACCCGAAUUCAUUGCGUAGGGCUUCUUUUGGACGAAGUGAAAAUUGACCACGUAAACUAUUUUUUUGCCCAGCAUGAGAAGUGACAAAGUCGGCUUAAACUCUCGUUAUUUUUUUUUAGUAUCGUGAAACGGCCCAAUUGUAAAUAGACUCGAUAUAUUCUUAGGUCAAUUUAAUUUUUCUUGCGGUAAAAUAAUAUUGAUUGUUUUAACUGCGUACGUGCUAUUUGAGAAUCGCUUUCCAUAGAACUUUGCGAUCGUGUGAGAACUCAGCGUGUAAUAAAAUAAUAAUAAUAAUAAUAAUAAUGAUGAUGAUGACGAUGAUGAUAAUGAGGGUCUAUAAUAACAAGCGAAGAGAUUUGGUCAUCUGUGUAAAAUUUCCAUGUUUUUUCUAGCAGAAUAAGCUUGUUUCCUUUCUUUUCAUUGGCUUUUUUGCGCACGGGUAUUUUAAAAGAGGUUUGAGUGUCUUCUAUAUCAUCCAAAUCAAGUGCACUAAAUGGGUUUAUUUUUUCUAAUAAAUAGAAUUUACUCUGUUUACACUAUAGCUGGAUUUUUUACGUCUGAACAAAUACUCGAGUGACACAAACGACGAAAAAACAAAUGUAUGUCAGCUGCCGCCUCCUUAUUGGCAAACAUAACUGUCAAAUCUAACACGUCUUGUGCAUUCAUCCUAGCCUUAAUGGUUCAGCCUUGCCUUUGGCUCAAAACGGUCACUACAUUAAAUAAGGUUAGUCUUGAUAUCUUUUAUGAAGCUCGAUGGAUAAUUUUGUAUACAUGUAUGUAGGUUUCAUUGCACGAAGCCCCCUGCACUCUUGCCGCCAUGCGUCCUCCCAGAGCUGGCCUGUUGGCAUUGACCGUUGGCUCUAUUAAAACUUUCUACAAGGUGCAGUUGCUUUUUACGCUUACCAGUAGGUGAACGAGGGCCGAGGUUAAUAGCUAAGGUUCAAAUAUUUUUGCUUCUCAGAUCGAUCCCUGUCAGCCAAUACCUUUAGUCUCUUCAGGGGAAUUUUCACGGCAUCAAGAAAAAGGUCGAAGAGAAUUGUUCUCAAUGUAAUGUCUAUUCAAACAAGAAAAAAUGAUCUCUUGAUUCAAACGAUCCUUAAGGACUUCACAUCAAGCUCGAGACAAAAUCCUAAGGCACAAUAUAAUCUAAAAUUAAGACAGGGCUUCACUUUAAUUUUGAGCCAACGUCAAACAUUUUUUUUUUGGUGUUCGGCGUUAGGAAAAUGCAACACAUAAUCAUGGGAUCCCUUUGGUACUUGGGUAUCCUGUGGUACUCGAUGGUGACCUUUUCAUUGACCCUUUUCCGUCGUACGUCUGCAUUUCUGCGUUAUUUUUUCUUUUUUCAGCAUAUGGGCACGUGUAUCACCUUAGCUCCUUCAAGUUCAACAAGAUGAUUGUGUCAAAAUCACGGUUAUUUGAAUUCGGCAAAUGAAUGAACUUUGGAGCUUUUUUCGAAGUUAGGAAGACACAAAUAAACAUCAGAUAACAUUUGUGCGUUUGGGUCUGUUUAUAUAUUUGAAGUUAUACCUCUCACAUGCACGAAAAACAUUCUAGAAUAUAGUACGUUUGAAGAAUUUUAGCCGCAUAUCAGUGAUAACGUUUAUUUUACAUGUGAGGCUUUAUCCACGCCUGCAUCAUAGAAGAACUGAAAUCAUGAUCAUGAUCAGUCUUCGCAUAAUGGCAAAAGGUUUUGUCCAGUUCACUGAUAUCGCUGUAGAAAUCUUGCAAAAAACCCCGAUAUGUUUCUUUCGCUCUUAUGAUCAUUUUUUAAUUCACUUUUCAGGUUGUAUCACGUAAGAAGCCCGGAUAACCUUCGAGGCUACCAUGCUUUUGAAGUUUGCAAAAGUGACAUGUUUAUCUUUUUAACAAAAUAGAACUUUUCACGAUCUAUAUCGCAUUUUUAUCGACCAAACUUGAUUGAUACUUUGAAACAAUUAUUUUAUUAAGAUAGGUGGAAAGUCAGCAUUAUUUAUUCUGGGCAAAAAGCCCGGCGAUUGAAAAAACUCCUGGACAUUUUUUCUCCUUCGAAAACUUCAAAAGUCCGUUGUACCUUUCCCGACUUCGCUGGUCUUCUAGCAGCGAUUCUUAGACAUUACAAAAACGCCAUUUUAGGACAUAACCAAAAGGGCUACAAACAAAUAACCGCCGUUCACGUCUCCUUCAGGGUCGCUCGCGUGUUUCGACGUGUUGGUGGCGAAAAGUUACCUUGUCUUCCGCCAGCCGGAGUUUAUUAAAAGGAACAACAAUAGGCACUGACUUCCGAGUUCCAAAAACCCUCACUUUCAAAAUGAGGCUAGGUGCACAACCUUACAGGUGAAAAUGAGUUUUUAGGCUGAGCACCUGCCCUCGUUUUGAAACAGAGGCCCGGGGGAACUCGGAAAAGGCCUAUUGAAUCUUAGCGUCAUGAACUUCCGUUCAUAGUUACCACUGAGAACAAGCUGGCAAGUUUUAAUUCCAGUUUACGGUCAUGCAUAAUACUAUUGCUACUAAUAAGACCUUUUGAAAAUUAUCACAAAGACUUCCCAGUCUCAAUGUGAGGACUGCAAAUUUCCUAUUGAAACUACAUACGAAUAAUUUUACAUGACUGUCCUGCCGUGAAAAGCUUUCCUAAUGAACUUCAAACGUUCUGAAAACAUAACAAAAGUGCUACGGAAAUUCUUUAGGGCUGUAAACCCAAAUCACCACCUUUUCCCUGUCAAAUCAUUAUCAUCUGCCUUGCUAGAAACAAUUUGAAAGAAAAAUUGCGAUCGUAAACGGAAACCACACGAAAUACAGAAACAAAAAUGUGAACCUCCCUGUGCAUUUCUGAUAUGUGUUGUGGCUUCUCGGGUUACAGUCAAACCAGGUCAAGCGUUCCCGUCGCUAACAAACUAAUGAAUUCAUUAAUGGCAAAAUGAUUUCGUUUGUUGAUUCGAUAAUCCAUUCAUAAAAUGAAUAAUCCAACGGUCAAAUUGUACCUCGAUUCAAUAAUCAAAUGUUGAUUUGGUUUAUGAACAAAAUCCCCACCUGUUCUUUAUUCUUGUCUGUUGUAUUCAAUCGUAUUUGCUUCCCUUUUCCUGCCGUUUGCGAUUGCGUUUUUCAUUGCCUUUAAUCAAAAUAACAGCUAGAAUAGACAGACCGCAAACGCAAAGAAACUGACAAAGGCCGAGGAUCUAAAUCCACCAAUCAUCGCACAUACACUGACCUCAGUUUGACCGUCGUGUUUUCUAAGAGGUCAGGCCUAGGUCUGUUGCACUGAUUAUUGGCAGCAAACUGGCGUACAUGUAACAGUUUGUUUGGGUUUGAACUUCAGAAAUCGCCAGCACUCGACUCUCAGAAAAAAAAGAGGAAAAAACAAAAUUCUGAGGUCAACUUGUGGAAAGUGGAAUUUUUCAAAAAACAGUAAUCGAAUCAACAUUCGAUUAUAGAAUCGAGGCUAAAUAUGACUAUUGGAUUGUUCAUUUUAUGAAUGGAUUAUUGAAUCAACAAACGAAAUCAUUUUUCCGUGAAUGAAUUCAUUAGUUCGUUAGCGACGGGAACGCUUGACCUGGUUUGACUGUAAUAUUUUCAAAUGUGUUUUUGUUUAUUUAUUUAUUUAUUUUUUACAUGGCUUGCUUGUGUUACUAUAGUGUAUACCUUUGUUGUGUUUUGCUUUAGUUUAAUAAAUUUAUCGAUAAUAUAUAAAUAAAGUUCUCAGUGAGAACGACAUUCAAAUUGUAUAGUACAUUUAAUCGCUGUUUUCGUGAAAGUAGCCUCACGAAUUGCAAAAACAAAUACAAUAAAAAACAGCACAGCAGAGAGUCAGAACCGAAAGUAUGCGUAGCAAAGAGCAUCUCGAGAAAAAAUAUCAAAAGAACGGCUGAAAUUCGGAUAAUAGCCCACUUUCGAUAUAUUAAAAUUCCAACAUGACUCCGAGGCUUUCUGCAUGGUCAUUUUUCUAUAUUUGGUUUGGUUUUCUUUGUGCUCAAGUCUCUUCUGAGAAUUGCGAAACAAUGGAGUCGUGAAAAAUUUGAAAUUUUGACCCUAAAGCCUCGGAGUCAUGUUGAAAUCUUAAUAUAACGAACGCGAACUUAGGCUAUUGCCAAAACAGUUUUGACGUCAUUAUCACAUUAUAUUCAUUCCAAUAUUACAAAAAAAAUGAUAUCACAAUAAAGCACAUGCAUGAAUCCUUUUUACUUUCCUUCUCCAAUUUACUCAUAAAUUCAUUUGAUUUUUUUCUAAAGGUAGACGAGCAAUAGUAAGAAAGCUCUGUUAAAGUGAAGUUGGAAGGAGAUGGAAAACCGAUCCACUAUGUUUUCUUUAUCCGAGUGCAUCACUUGGUUUGCUUUAUUCCUUACCGAGUCUGUUGCCAUAGUAACCGUGAAUCUCCUAUCAAUCAUCAUUUUUAUAAAGAACAGUAACCUUCGCACCCGUGCCAUGUACUUGGUUAUUAACUUGACCGUUGCUGAUAACUUUGUGGGAGGAAUUUCCAGUAUUUUUCUAUUUGAAAUACUGGGCUACGAUUGCCAAAUUGUAACUGUAGGCUCUAAUACUGCUCCGGAAGGAAACAUCACGUUGUUCGUCUUCCGGUGGUUCCCUCUCACCUCUCUAACAAGCAUUGCAGUUAUUUCAUUAGAUCGGAUGCAUGCCACGUUUCGUCCAUUUAGGCAUCGCAACAUCAAAAAAUGGGUCUACUGGGUAACUAUUGGAGCCAUCUGGGUUUUUGCUGCAGUUAUGUCAACUGCCAUGACGUUGGUAUCUCUGCACUCUGGAAGACAAGAGCCACUUCCCUUGUACUUAUGGCUUUCAUACUGUUGUUUGUGCCUACUUGUUAUCUGCGUUUCUUACACCUCCAUUGCUGUUAGAUAUUGGUGUGCAGUCCGUCCUCAACACCAUGGUGCGACCAGUAGGCAAAGAAAACUAACUGUGACAUUACUCAUUAUGACUAUUGUAUCUUUGCUGUUUUGGCUACCGUACCUAAUUUUUACGUUUGUUAUU